GCAACUUGGUAUAAAGGCACCGUCUAUGGGGCAUUUAGACGAGAAUUUGUGCAUGAGGCACUUAUAGGAACGGCUAUGGAGCCAAUUCGCACUCUACUCCUUCGGCACGCGAUGUUUCAACAUCCUGAUGAGUUGUUCUUCGCCACUCUCGCCUAUAAUCCUCAUCUGAAGCUACCGGGCGCCUGUCUUACGGCUCCACCGCCCAGGUCUGAAGUAAAUCUUGGCUUUCUCGCGAAGUUUGUCAUUUGGAGUGAUUACAAAAUGCACUGUCCUACAUUGUAUACCCGCUCUGUUUGUAUUCUUGGCACAGCCCACAUACCGCAACUACGUAGGGCACCACACCUCUUCGCCAACAAAUUUUACUCGGACUACCAACCAGAAGCCUAUGACGAAAUGGAGAAAUGGUACUUUGAGAAAUUAGCAAAAGAAAUUGCCUCAGAAACUUACGCAGCGGACGCCUUCAAUGUCAGUGUCUAUGCCAAUCGGACCUGCUCUCGUCAUCAUCUGUAA